AAACAUUUCAUUUCGUUUCACUUUUCUACGUUCCCCUCGUUUGACAGACAAACAAGUACAAUAGACAAGUCAUAAAUUUAAAUUCCUUCCUUUCGGCCAAUCCUUUAAGCCAUAUAAUCGCCACACUACAGUACAACUGCCAUCCAAAUAUAGGCUUACCAAUACCAUCAGAAUCCGGAACACCAAAUUACAGACAAAUCCGACUAGUUUCAUCCCCCUUCCAAAUGCUGCCAACCAAUAGAAACCUGUCGGCCCUACCCGCCUAUGUCCGACUGGCGGUCCAACUAGCCACGUCCCGGAUGAGUGGAAGAUUCGCCUACUCGACACGCCGAAACCAGGGCGUUGGGGAUCUGAAAAAGAUCGACGAGUACCAGUGUCGCCAGCGGGAUGAGCCCAACCCGGAGUACCACCAUGCUCCGCGAUGCUUUGUGAAGAACUUCCAUAAGUACCAGGAGCAGGCACAGGAUCGCGGAGAGGUGCAGACAACCCGCUUCCGCAAUCCACGCUACCGCUGGGCGGACUUCCGGCGACGAAUGGUUUAUGGAACCUACGAUAUCUAGACGGUUUCCCCUGAUGCAAUCCUCUCUGCAAUCAAUUUUCAUCCGGACUUGUCGUGUACGACAACCCAUCUUGCCCAACCAAUCGAUCCAUAACGAAGUAUCCAAAACCCAUAUGCAUACUGUAAAAUUGUCAGAAUUUUUUGGCCAGAAAAACGGAUUCAACUCGGUCUUCCGUUCAAAUUUCAAUAUAAUUCAGCACAGAAUGCGAUACUGGA